GACACGAUCUUGCUAUGGACAUCUUGCGUUGUGUGGAGAACGACCGGAGGGUUCGAAGUCGUGAUGCGGACAUAUGGCGAGUCGGCUCGGCUCUCCUCUCACCCCGCGCCUCUUAGAGGGCUGCACGCAAGUCUAAAGGCUAUCUAAUCUCUUCCACCCGCGCUCGCUCAGGAAGGAUAUCAAAAGACCCACUAUAAGCAUGGUGGCCUCAAUACCAAAUGACAUCUUUCAGUUCUCAACUCACUCAGCCCUCGCUGCCGGCUUCAAUACGGGCCAGCCGCGAACUUCCGACUUAACCUCGCACGGGACCGAUGGCGUCGGCGUCUACGAGGAUGGAAGCCUCUUGAUGUUGAGGGACGGGGAUGCGUACGCUAUCGCCAAAGACGGCACCGCGAAUGUUGCGCCCAUGAAUGCCCGCCUCCCAUUUGCCAUGGUUACCACGUUUGCGCCCAGCCAUCGCAUGGCAAUUCCCGAGAUUGACAUGGAUGCUCUUGACGACCUCGCCACAUCAAGUUCUUUGUUCCAGGAAAUUCACAUGCAAAGCGUCAACACGCUGAUGCCAUUCAAAAUCACGGGGAAGUUCAAGUCCAUCGAUUAUUUGGACGGCACGUCUGGAUCUGCUAUUGUUCAUGGCGUCAUCUUUGGCUUCGUCGUUCCAAAAUGGAUGAAAGCUAUAAGUGGGCCGCGAAUUCAUGCUCACUUCUUGGAUAUGCAUGGCAAGAUGGGUGGGAAAGUCGUAGAUUUUGAUACGACUGAAGACGCAACAUUGUGCUUCGCAAGGUGUGGGCGGUUUCAUUUGGGAUUUCCGCAAGGUGGAGAAUGGGAAGAGGUACGAUUAUAAGAAGAGGUGUUGAGACUGAACAAAAUCUUUUUCUUUUCUGCUGCAACAUGUGAAUGAGCAGCGAGCGAUCGUAGGUCUGGACAGAAUUCGCUCGACGUACAAACAAACUUGAACCAGCAUAAUCAAACAAACUUUGCC